GGGUGAGGGGGGGGGGGGAGAAGGUAUAUUUAUGAAAGAGUGGAUUGGCAGUAAGGGUAACGGUAGAAGGUAUAUUGUAUUAUGAAAGAGUUAUGUAUUUGACGAUACGAUUGUUUCAUUAGAAUAAAAUUUGCAAUUAAUCAAUUAAAAGAAAAAUUAUUAAAUAUCCUUGAUAUAAUUUUCGAUUAAAAAUUAGUUAGAACCAUAUUUAUUUUGAUUGUUUACCCUUUUUAAAAGGAAGAAAAGUGUCAUUAAAUAUCGUAAUAAUAAAGAAGUAAAGCCAAUUAUAUUCAUAAAGGCAAAAAAUGUGGAAACUGUUGUAAAUUUUUACCAUGAAUUAAAAAAAACGAAACUAAUUUGAUAUUUGCUCUGUUGUAGACUCUAAUAUUGUUUUGAAUGUAAAAUUGUAAAAGUACAUUCUGUUUCGCAAACCCUUGUAAUACAAACUGCUUAAUGUUCCUCGUUAAUUAAUGUAAUCGUUUCAGAGAAAAUGCGCCAGCUAUGAGGAAUUAAAAUCCGCCAAAAAUUACUUUUUAAUGGAUUUUAACGAAGUUCCUGACUUUGACCCUAUAGAAGCUUACUCUAUGUCUAUAGAUGAAUCUACUUCGCGUUCACUUAACCUAACUCCUACCAACUUACAGACGGCUGGAUUGAGCUUAACUCCGGUAUGUCCUCCGACCAACCUUUACAUCACGGAGCCGAACUUGUCCGAGUACUUCUCAACCCAUCCUCAGCAGUACGAUCAAACGCAGUAUUUAAACCUACCAGAGGAGAGGGUUCGAAGCUCUGUGCUCAGUCCUAAUUCCUCUCCUUCCAUUAGUCCUCAGAAAUCCCCAAACCCGUCCUACUCCAGGAUGCAAUAUCCACCGGAGUAUCAAUACUACCCGGAGUCAGGACGCGUCCCAGCUCUGCCUCCGACCUACCAGGAGUACCUACAUGAGAAGCAGGUUGGGCAAUCGCAUUUUCUUAGACAGGAUCCGUCCCAAGGAUUUCUCCAUCCAGGUCAGGUUCAGGCUCCUCUUCAGAAUAUGCUCCUGGUGCCUGGUUCCACUCAGAGUUCGGCUCCAAAAUUUAGUAAGGUUGUAUCCGGGGAUAAAACUAUUGUUUACUCCCAGUCGUUACCCCCACCUGGAUAUCCUCCCCCGAAUUCUCCCCCUGGACCCUCCUCCUCCUACAUAUCUGUAUCUCCGGGUUCAACUCCAAAUAUUUCUCCGAACUCUAGUUUCUCCUUAUCUCCGUCUCCGAGUAAGAAAACUGGCGGAACCUCCCCUAAACCCUCUCCGAAAAAGGGUCAGCAUGAGGUUCUGAUUAAUCAAGAGUUUGCGGAUAUUCCUGGAGUAAACCUGAGAAAAGGAAACGUAGAAAUCAACAUUUACGUCGCUAGUCUAGUACCCUACGCUCAUCCUGGAUUCCAGAAUAUUGAUAUGUACGCAGAACGUUGCUUAGCCUGCGUAGUGCGUAAACUUAAAAACAAUCUUCGUGGCUUGCAAGUUCUGUACAGGUCCGUGAAAGGUGAUGAAGGAGAUCAAGGUUGUGUAAUCAUUCCUAGAAGUAAAGACUCCAGGAUCACAAUAACUAGACAGGGUGGAGUAGGAGCAGCAUCGAAACGUAUUCAUCCUCAUCUUGCCCUGGUUCAGAUAUUUUAUAAUCCACAGGCGCAAGCUUUGAAUUACCUCGAACCAGUGGCGUCCUGCACAAGUCCUUUUGUUCAAGGAUCAAACUUGGUUGAGAUGUGCUUAAACCCGUUCCAUUACUCCGUAGUGCCGCCAACUCCGGGGAAUAAAUCUCCAGGUGCCGCCAGGAAAAGUCCGAUGAAACCCAGGAGUAAUAAAAGUGUAACACUGAGCAAGAAUCCUCUCAUGGAUUAUUUAAAGUCUCAGGGUCAGGGGGUUAAGGUUGAGGAAGAAAGUGAUUCAGAUUUUCUCUCUGAUUCAUCCGACUCGGAGGAUUGGGAGAACAAGUGGAGAUCGGAGUCAAUACUACCGGAGAAAUCUAAUCCUUCUCAGAAUGAUCCCGAGGAAUUGAUCAAGAAGAUUAGAUUCCUGGCCCUAAAGAGGAAAGAGGCAGAUUCGGAGAGGACAGAGGCUAUGAUGAAGAGGACAGAGGCUAUGGUGGAGAGGACAGAUGCUUCUCCUAAACUCCUGGAAAAACUACGGAUACUAGAGGAUCUAAGAUGUCUGUUUAAAGGAAAGAUUGAUCUCAGCUUUGCAACCAAAUCUAAUCAGAAUAAACCCAAAACCAAAACUAGGUCUGGACGGAGAUGUGUUGAUUAUAGUGUGGGACGAGGAACACUGAUAUCUCCCGCACUAACGUUUGCAAUCAGGAAAUAUCUGGCAAAACAACGUUUGAAGUAUGAACAAUCAAAUCCUGAUAAAUCCGCCAAAAGUAUCACUUCAAACAUAACUUCCAAUUCAAUACCUAAUCCUCAAAAUUUAUCCUUAAAUUUUGACACGCCGUUGCCUUCAAGAGAAAGGGUAAAGGUUGAAAACGAAAACGUAAAUAUGAGCACUGAUAUGAGAAGUAAUUUUGAAUACGAUGGUGGGAUGAUAAAUGAUGCAAGACAGGAGAAGGAUGAAAUGAUGGGAGAGGAUAUAAGGAUAAAAGAGGAGAGGAUGGAUGAGGAGGAUGAAGAGGAGUUUAUGGAGAAUGAAAACAAAGAUGAACUUCAUAUACAGGAUUUACUGGGAAGCAUCAAGGACUCUUUCGAGACAGAUUUGGACAUGGAGCUGGACACCUUCACCCACCAGGACCAGGAGGAAUUCAAUCACGAGGAGUUCCAGCAGUUUAGUAUUGCAAAUACAUUUUCUAUCUCAGGGUAUACAUCACCCAGCAUUCAGGACAAGGAUGAAAGCAGUCUGCCUGGUUCAGAUCUUGAUCUAGGAGAUCUAGGAGUACAAGGAGGUCUAGGACAGAGUUCUGAUGCUCUGCUGGUUGGAGCUGAGGAGGGUUCUCCGGGUAUACUGGAGAACAGGGAUACUCUACCUUGUAUAGUGAGUAGCUGGAGUGUAGAGGGAGGGGAGGAUAAUGAUAAUAGUUUUCUUAUGUUUGAUACAUAGCUCCCCCUUUCUCCAGAACAGAUUUAGAUUAAUUAUCACAAAAGGAUUGUUUUACCCUGAUAAGUUUAUGUUAAAAAACGCAUUUUGUUUUUUUGUCUGUUUUGUAGCGAUGAUAUUUUAUUGAUUUGCAUUAAACCACCGGCUGCUAAUUAAAGUUACACAAGUUUUCAAGAUUGGGUCGACUUUAAAGUGUUGCCACGCCUUGACCUUUAAUUUUACUUCACUAACUCAUAUAUACUUUUCGUAGCCCUAGACAAUAGACAUGUAAUGCAUAAGAACAAUUUGUUUAAAAUGGCCACAUCAUUUUGGAUCCUUAAAACUAAAAUUUUAAAGGUUUUGACAAAAAAAAACAAUUCAAUGAGUUGUUUAGAACAGAUAAGUUCUAUGGGCCCCUGAUUCCUACGAUAAUUAUAAAUGGAUACUUUUUGGGUUGUCUGUUUGUUUUUAUCUAAUAAACGUCAAAACGGUUGAACCGAUGUGGCAUUUUUUUAAUGGAAUCUCAUUCACCUGGACUCUGUUCGAAUGCUUUGUAAAACCUUUUCCUCAACAACUUUUGAUUUGUCCUAAUUUUGGAAAUCCACGAUUUUUAACACAUAAAAAUCCGCGAAUUUCAAGAAAUUGGGAUUUAUUUUAUCAUUAACUGGACAGAACAAAUCCAGUUGUACCGAUACGACACAUCUCGUCCUAGCCAGACCAAAUUGAGUUUGAUCUAGUGGUACCGACACGACACAUAUCGUCCUAGCCAGCCCAAAUUUAGAAGGAUCUAGUAAUACUGGCUCGGACAGAUAUCAGCUGAUAACUGUGACGAAACAUACCUGACGAAACUUAUAUAAUUUCUGUAAACUUCGAGGGGCUAAGUUAUACGUUUAAAAACAAGUCUAUGCAUUUGAUUUUACUUUAAUUACAAGUUGUGAAUAUUUUUCGAAAUGUUUAAAUUUUCCGUAAUAUUUCAUAGUUUAUGUAAGUAAAUGUUUCAGAAAAA